GAGAGAGAGCGAGAAGUUCACACAGAACUGAAGAGCAGAAAAUCAAAAACAAAUGAUUUCUUCCAACGCGAGUAGCAAAGGCAACAGCAGCAGCUUAAUGCGUCUUACUCAGACACUUGCUCAUUCUCCAUUUCUUCCACGUGCUUCUGCUUCUCUCUCGCUCCUUCCUCACGUGCCCCUCACGUGUCCUCGCCUCUCAAUACUAGCGCCUUCCACGCGGCUCCUCAGCCAUUGCUCUGUUAUGGCCGCCGGAGAUUCUCUCCCGCCGAAAGUGUUGCCUUUCGAGCUCAAGGAUGAGGUCGAUUUUGAGCAAAUUGUUUCCCCCGACGGACUCGUUUCAGUCUGCGGCUUCGGCUCUCUUCUCUCUGAAAGGAGUGCGCGGAGUACGUUUCCGGAUUUGAUCAACUUUAGAGUCGCGAUGUUGAUGGGAUUUCGAAGAGUUUUUGCUCACGUUGCUCCUGUCUUCUUUCAACGCGGCAUAGCUAAGCCUGAAACCAAGGAGAUCUCUAGCUUGAGCGUGGAGCCAUGUGAAGGUGAAAAUCUUGUAGUGACAACAUUUGAGAUACGGAGAUCAGAGAUACCAGCUUUUAUUGAACGGGAGCACGAAUUCCGCUUUUUAGCUGUGACACCAGAAACAUUUAAUGGGCUGCUUUACACUACUCCAGCGGUACUAUGCACACGUUAUAGUGAUGAAGAAUACUUCCAUGACAGAUGCAAAGGAAGUGAAGAGAUGUUUUUUGAACGAUAUGGACGAUAUGGUAUUAAGAAGAUCUGGUUGGAUGAUAUUUUACCAUGCCGUGUUUACCUGCGCCACUGUGUAUUGGCAGCAAAGAACCUCGGUGAGGCAGCCUUCGACAACUUCCUGGAUCAUACAUUCCUUGGCGAUCGUAAAACCAGCAUCCGUGAGUACCUGGCUGCUGCAGGCUCAGGCAUUAUGGAAGAGGAGCCUCCUCAACAGCUCAAGGAACGCUAUGGUGGUUGAUCAAAAUCAAAUUGUAGUUGAGAGGAGAUUUCAUCUUGGAAGAAACUCGCGCCUGAUUGUACGUUGUGAUGGUUAAGCAUCAACUGGAAUGAUACAAAAUCUAAUGUACAACAGUAAGUUGUGACAUAUUAUUCGUUACUAACAUAAUACAUUGCGAGAAUUAUGUAUCUUUUUAGACUAUGUAUGUAAGUUGUAAGAAUAACAUAUUGGAUUGGCUAACCAAAUGAUUAGAUUGAGGAAUAGAGUUAAAAAUCCAGACUUGGAAAUGAGUUUAAUGAAUAUUGAAGCAUUAUGAGUAGAGCUCCCAAGAAAUGAAAAAUAGAUGAUUAAAUGGGAAAGUAUGACUGUCCUAUACAUCAAACCGUAUUGUGACAGACGUACUGAUCUUGGAUUGGAUUGGAUUGUAUUUUUAUUUUGAAUUCUUAAUGUAUUGGAAGAUCCAAACCCUAUUUACAGUAGAGCUACAUAGAUAGAUACACACACACACACACGUAUUUAGAUAGCAUUAAUUAAACAUAUAUGUAUGUAACAGUUCCAAUAGUACUCUCUCCCCAUUGGUAAAUAAAUAAAUAAUAGUAAGUGGAGUGGAAUUGAAUUGAAGGCAGUAGCAACAGCAGCAGCAUUAAAACCCAACCCCAAGUACCCAACCCACCCGCUGCUCUGUUCUGUUCUGUUAUCUUCCUUAACUGCCUGCCUGCCUGCCUACCCAUCCACCCACUCCACCCACAUUAACAUAACAUUUAACAUUUACCAGCACUGGUCAGUCAUUGAAUGAGUGAACGAGGCAAUCCUUUAGUAUAGUAUAGUAUAAUACUAGGAAUCUCUGAGGGCCAUUUCAUUUCAUCGUUUAUUUAUUUUCUUAAUAAUGAUAUGACGAUAUGGUGACGAGCGAGGGGGAAGCAGCAGCAG